AUGGCCCGCAACAUCCCCUCCUACCGGUACUUCAACGUCGCCUUCCCGCAGGAAUAUGUCGCCCACAUCGAGACCAACAGGCCGGAGAAGUUGAACGCCUAUUUUGAGCCCAUGUGGCUCGAACUGCGCACCGUCGUAAACACCCUCUCCACCUCCCCCGACGUCCGCGCCAUCAUCUUCACCGGCGCCGGCCCCGCCUUCACCGCAGGGCUGGACGUGAAAGCCGCCUCGGAGGGCAUGCUCGAUCCCAAAGCUGCCGCCAAGGGCGUCGACCCGGCCCGCACCGCCGCCCGUCUCCGGCGCCACAUCGCCGAAUUCCAAGACUGCAUCUCCUCCCUCGAGCGCUGCGAGAAGCCCGUCGUCGUCAUCCUGCACGGCAUCUCCUACGGGCUCGCCGUGGACAUGGCCGCGGCGGCAGACGUGCGCCUCUGCUCCGCCGACACCAGAAUCGCUGUCAAGGAGGUUGAUAUCGGGCUUGCGGCGGAUAUCGGCACGCUGUCGAGGCUUGGCAAAAUCGUGGGCGCGUUCGGGUGGGUGAAGGAGGUGUGCAUGACGGCGCGGGUGUUUGGGGCCGAGGAGGCGCGCCGCGUCGGGUUUGUGAACGAGGUGUAUGAGACCAAGGAGGCGGCCGUCAGGGCUGGGGUGGAGAUCGCCGGGCUGAUGGCGCGCAAGAGCCCCGUGGCGGUGCAGGGGACGAAGGAGCUGCUGAACUGGUCGCGGGAUCAUUCCGUGCAGGACGGCCUGCGAUAUACCGGCGUGUGGAACAGCGCCUCCCUGCAGACGAGCGAUAUCCAGCGGGCUCUGCUCUCCGGGCUGGAGAAGCGCACCCCGACAUUCGAGAAGCUGUGA